AACUAUGAGACGGUGGUCUUGCUGGCGGGGUUUCCAGUUUCCAAACCUGAUGUGAUCUUGCAGCUGGAACGAUGGGAAGAGCCUUGGGUCCCAGACCUCCAUGGCUCUGAGAAAAAAGUGCUCCCAGGAGCUGCCUGCACAGGGAGUGACCUAUGUCUGGAUUCUCUCUGUUUCCCAUCACGUGAUAGGAUGGUGAGUGAGAAUGAGGAGGAGAAACCCCAUCAGGAAGAUGCUGAGCAAGUAGAACCACAUGGAACAUUAUCAGGAAGAUCCAAAGGGAAUGAUUCUGGGAGUUGUGCACUCCCAGAAAAAGCAAAACCCAGUGAGACUCAAGAGAGGGUAGAGGAAAACUUCAGUAACCUCUCAGACCUUAUUACAAAUGAGAGAAUCAACGUGGAAGAGACAUGCUACACAUGCCAUGAGUGCGGAAAAAGGUUCAAUAGGAGCUCUGCCUUUAUCACACAUCAGGCAAUCCACAGAGGAGAGACACCCUACACAUGCUCUGAGUGUGGGAAAAAGUUCAGUUGGCGUUCAAACCUUAUCAGACAUCAGAGAAUCCACACAGGCGAGACGGCCUACACGUGCUCUGAGUGCGGGAACAGCUUCAUUUGGAGCUCAGACCUUGUUAGACAUCAGAGAAUCCACACAGGAGAGAAACCCUAUACUUGCUCUGAGUGUGGGAAAAACUUCAGUCGGCGCUCAAACCUUCUCAGACAUCAGAGAAUCCACGCUGGAGAGACACCCUACCUGUGCUCUGAGUGCGGGAAAAGCUUCUAUGAGCGAUCAGAUCUUAUCACACAUUGUAAAAUCCACACAGGAGAGACAUCAUACACAUGUUCUGAGUGUGGGAAAAACUUCAGUCGGCGCUCAAACCUUCUCACACAUUGUAGAAUCCACACAGGAGAGAUGCCAUACACAUGCUCCGAGUGUGGGAAAAACUUCAGUCAGCGCUCAAACCUUAACACACAUCAGAGAAUCCACACAGGAGAGACUCCCUACACAUGCUCCAAAUGUGGUAAAAACUUCAGUCAGCGAUCAAAUCUUAUCACACAUGAGAGAAUCCACACAGGAGAGAAGCCCUACACAUGCUCCGAGUGUGGGAAAAGCUUCAGUGACCGCCCACAUGUUAUUAGACAUCACAAAAUCCACAUGAGAGAGAACUGUAAUAAAUCCCUUGAUUAGGACUGGCCAAAGAUUUUUUUUUUUUUUUUUUUUUUUUUAAAUCACAUUUGCUAAUUCCUACAUACUGAUUUUUGCACCAUCUUCCCUGUGGCGCCUCAGCUCCACCAGAUCAGUUUCCUGCUUCUGCCUUUUGCAGUUCACCCUUGUUUGGGGUCAGUCCUGUGAUCUUUUCUAUCAACUCCUUUCCUUUUGAGUCUGUCACAACCCUAAAGUGCACGCUUAAACACGGUCUCUUUAUGGCCAAUUGUUGGUACACAGCCAUUUUGUUUUAGUAAAAGGACAAGGUGGUCUCCAUUUUGGGUCAGAUUCUUUUUCCUUAAAGGACCCCAAGGUGUCGUGUGCAUAACCCUAGCAUGCCGAGUGCACCCUGUGAGUCGUAUACAGACAUGUAAGCAUGUCUCAAACAAAGAAGUAGCGUGCUUGCCAAGUACAGCUGCUAACGUAGGAGGCUCCUACUCGGAACCUGGAAGGCGAAGGAGCUAGGGGGCCAAUCCGGUAUCAACAUACGUAAAAGGGAACCAAUCUGAGAUUGACAUGAGUAAAAGCCCCCAGACAAAACAAUGUCUCACGCCAGAAUUGGAGGAGUUCCCGCGUGUCAGCUGAAAGGUCUGAUCACCCUUUCAGCCAGGGAAUUUCAUCCAGAUUUCGCCGGCUCAGGUCGUGUCGUGUUAAAUAAGACCACCUCCCCUAAUUCGCUAUGCAAUCGGUGUUUAUGCUGCUGGUCAGCUGUAUCUGGAGUAUGGUAUAUAUUUUGUAAUUUUUGCAAAUAUUUCUGCUCUUGCCUAACUUCUCCCCCGUCUCUACCCCCCUUUUCUGUUCCCUGCGUUUACUUUAUUCUGUGUAUAAGAAAAGCGGUUGGGUUUUUUUUUUCCUCUUUUAUAGCUUAUCUUUGGUCUUGCUUCUUCCUUUUAAUGAAGCAAUGUAGAUAAGAGUUAACACGUUGCUUUCCCUAGCCAAAGUGUAAUCUAUUCCCGUUGUUAAAAUAAACACAGCCAUUUGGCUUUAAACCAACUCUGUUGUGUCCCGCUAUUCCUCUCCCCUUAAAUAGCCACUCGAACCUUGACACCAAAUGAGUCAUGUUUAAGGAGUAAUGUAAGUACUUGGAAAAUUAUACCUAUAUGGUAUUGUUGUGAAAGUGAGUCACCCCAAUCAUAGGUCUUGGUGGGGACGGUCCAUUCAAAAGGGAGGGAAUUGGCACCUGUCCCUUGCUAGCCAGUUAUGCGAUGUAUUGCUACAUUGUCAACCUUUGCACCAACCCAGAAAAGCCAGUGGAAAACCAUCAAAGACAAAUUAUAGAGAUCGAAACCCCGUGUAAGUGACAAGGACAAUAUGAGAAUCAGAAGAUCGUCUUUUCUGUGAAUAAAGACAAAAGACUGAUUAGUUCAUAACAGGGUGGAGAAAAACACUCUGCGUCCAUUCACCAAGGAGAUUCCUAGUUGCCAGUGGUGCUUCAUUAAAGGUAUGGCCGUAGCUCCUAGGGACUAGCAAUCAGUGAAAUUGACUGAAGUGUGAGGUCAGAAUCUACUUAGAUAGGAAAGGUAACU